UGUGAGAGUACGCGCAGGUCUACCAUUUGAAAGCCCUUCAUGUGAAGCGCUGUUGCUGACUUGCUAGAUCUGGGGUGUUAAACCGAUAAACACUGACCGUGGGCUCGUGUGUCGUGGGGAUUUAUUUAUGGCUGUGGAUCUCAAAUGCACCCUCCAACGGACCUCAUCCACUGGGAACAAUUAGCUCAGUCUACAGCGCUGUUUUUCACGGUACCGGGCGCGGCGCCGGUCUGCACGCACUACACGACGUUCCGUGUCGUCAGUUAUGUUGCACGAGGAACCUUGCGCGUUCACGAAGUCCAGACCUGCGCGCCCGCGUUUGAAUACCGGCUUGAGCCGGUAAAGAGCUGCCAAAGCAGGCAGGAAAUCAUCCGCUGAAGACAAAAGAUGCAGCUCCCUGAGACCGGACGCCUUUGUGUCUAAGCCGCUUUCAUUCUUCACAUAUUGUUUAAAAUACGUAGAUAUUACAGUCUGAGACAGGUUCUGUCCAGAUAACCGCACAGAUCCAUUAUAAUGAUCAUGAGAUAGGAGAACUUUGCUCCAUCGCACGGCUGUCUUCCCUCACUGCUCUGGAGGUGACUUGGUUUAACAAUGAAGAUACCCAAUGUCCAAAGUUGUCUGGGUCCAAACAUUUACCCAGAGGUGCCCGAUGGUGGUUGGGGCUGGGUUGUGGCUCUGGCUUUUUUCCUAGUGGAGGUCUGCACCUAUGGGGUCAUCAAGAGCCUGGGUGUCUUCCUCCAGGAUCUGAUGGAAGAGUUUGGGGAGAGCAACAGCCGUGUGUCGUGGGUCAUUUCCAUCUGUGUCUUCGUUUUCGCCUUCUCUGCUCCUCUGUCGACAAUGCUGAGCAACCGCUUUGGCUAUCGACCUGUGGUCAUGACGGGAGGCUUCCUUAUUAGCCUGGGAACUAUCACCUCUGCCUUCACCAGCUCCGUCACUGAGAUGUACAUUACCACUGGGAUUGUAGCAGGCCUUGGCUACUGCCUCAGCUUCCUCCCCACUAUCACCAUCCUAGCCCAGUACUUUUCUGGACGGCGAGCGCUCGUCACCUCGAUGGCUUCUUCAGGAGAAUCUGUUGCUAUGUUUGUAUUUGCCCCAGCUUUCACUACACUCAAGGAACAUAUUGGCUGGCGCUCCUGUCUAGUUAUUCUAGGUAUAAUUCAAGCAUCUGUGAUUGGCUGUGGGGUUCUCCUUCGUCCAAUCGUCAUCGAGGAAGAACCUUUAAAGAAAAAUGAUGACGAGACGCUCUCCGUGAAAGAGAUGCAGGCUGUUUACGAGCUGGAAAAUGAACAAACCAGAACCUCCAUCAGUUCGGACAUCUCCCAAGGUUCACAGGACUCUGGUGUCACCUCCCUGUCUGCCUCAAAUGUAGACCUGAGAAAUGCAGAAGGAGAAACCAAAGCUCUGAUGAAGUGGAAGGACAAAGUGCCGGACAAAGUCAGUGAGGACAAGGGGGAACUGGCAGAGCUAGAUGGGGGCCCUGUAAGUUCCACAGGUUCCAAACUUCUGGACUUCUCUGUCCUUAAAGACCCUGGCUUCAUCUGUUACUCCCUUUUUGGUCUAUUCGCCACUCUUGGCUUCUUUGCGCCACAGCUCUACAUCAUUGAACUGAGCAAAAGCAGGGGUGUGGAGUCCACCAUGGCCUCCUAUAUGCUGUCUGUGAUGGCUGUGGCUGACAUCUUCGGACGCUUGUUGAUCGGAGUGGUGCUAAACAAAGUCCGAUUCAGAAAGACCUUGGUGUUGUUGGGGUGUGUGGUUCUGAUGAGCUUGGUUCUGGUGGCCUUCACUAUCGUGUGGGAGUUCUGGGGUUUGGCAAUCUGCUCCGGCUUCUUUGGCUUCCUCAUGGGCACUGUGGGCUCCACGCACAUUCCCAUGCUGGCUGAAGAAGAUGUCGUGGGCAUCGAGAAGAUGCCGUCAUCUGUGGGAGUGUAUGUUUUCAUUCAGAGCUUUGCUGGACUUGCUGGACCACCGCUGGGAGGUAUGCUGGUGGACAUCACUGACAACUAUGGUGCUGCUUUCUACUCCUGUGCAGCAGGCACAGGUCUUAGUGCCGUCUGUCUGGCUCUGGUUGGCCCUGCCAAGUCUAGAACAUGCCAAAGAGUGAGCAGAGUCCAAGAGAAUGCAGAAGAGGUGAAAAUAUCUCAGAAUAGUGACCAAUCCGACUUUUUGGAGGUGGACUUGGCCCCAGAAGACAGUCCGGUUGGACAGGGUGAGGAUCAGGACAGCUGCGUUAUUUGAGCCCACCCACAGCAUAGCAUCACAAUGGACAGAAGUGUCAACCAAACAAGUGCAGAUGUACUGCAGGAGGCGUCAUUGCCACAAACACCAGUGACGGCUGGAAAAUCUCAGGUGUCGCAUUUCCACUUUUCAGCAAACUUGAAAUUCACUUCUUCCAGUGAAGAAAACAAUCUUAUAUGAGACCAAUGAAACAUCCGUGAGCACAUGUCCACAUUUUUCUGUCUGUUUAGGGUAAAACCUUUCUUUCGCAAUGUGUGAAUUGUAUAGAGAACUGCUAUCAUGAUGUAACUCCGGGUUUAGCUUCUGUUCUGUGAGCUUUAGAAAAGAGCACAUCGACUCUUAACACUUCAAGAAACCUUCAUGUUCAUCACUUUGUGAAUAUAGUAAAAACGACAGGUUCCAUUUGGUAAAACCAGCCUGGGUACAUCUUUAUAGCUGUGUCCCAAAACCUAUGUCGCAUCCUUCGGAGGCCGCAUUUGAAGGCUGAUUAUGUCACAGCGACGUGACGAAGGCUGUCCAAAUGCAGCCGAGAAUGGGUCCUUCAUUUCCCCGGAUUUGAAGGGUGUGUCCUUCAUGCCCCAACCUAUCCCAGAAUUCAUAGCGCGGCCAAUUCCAGUUUCCAACAAUGGCAGCCGCUACUAAGUUUUAAUAUUACUCUUAGUACUCUUUCUGGGUAAUAACGGUAAUAUUACUCUUAUUAUUCUUUCUGGGUCACAAAAUAAACAUUUAACAUAUUUUCAGGCAAGAAAGCAGCCUUGUAAACUUCAAAUAUCAGUUUGGUUUAUCAAGACACCACACAUUUGCAAAAGCGCUCUGACGUUUUCAGAGAUGUCUGUUACCCACUAGCUCGAUAGCUGACUGGGAGGUCAAGGGUCACUAGAGCCGGCGAGAACACCGGACUCCCGGCACAUCGUUUUCAAACACCCCGCCGUCUUUUGCUACUCAGGUUAAACAUGUUAUAUAAGUCACUUAGAUAACUUGAAAUUUUAU